UGUUAGAAGUGAAGUAAGCGCCGCUCAGGUCUUCACUAGAACGCAGAUCAACGCACCCACGAGUCGCUGUGUUUGCUCUGUGUGCUGGUCACUUCCAAGCCUGUGUUACCAUGACUGGGGGGGGCAGGAGCCUGUUACUGCUGGUCAUCUCUCUGUGGGUUAGUUUUGGGAGAGCAUCUGCUACUCUCACGGAGCCACAGAUCUGCUACGUGCUGGAUGGAAUCCUCUUUCUGUACGGCAUCAUCCUGACGGCUCUCUACUGCAGAAUCAAGAUCAUCAAUGCUAAGGUGGCUACAGCCGAGAACGCAAAGGGCAAGCAGCCUGGUGAUGAGAGCAUCUACACGGGUUUGUCCCCUCGUGCCCAGGACACGUAUGAAACAAUUGGAAUGAAGAAGUGACAUAGUUAACGGGAGCGCAUGCAUCGACAUUUCUUUGUUUUUUUGCUCUUGUGGAAUCAAUAAAAACUUCAGAAAGACAACACAGGAACUGGGAAGUUGAGCCUUGUAGUUUCAGAAAUGCUUAUCUUUAGUCGUUAUAAAUAUCUUAUAUAUUAUAACAUAUAAUAUGUUAUUUUUGUUCUGUUGCAACUAUUUAAUUUUCAUGCAAACAUGUUUGGAAAACAGCAAACAUACAGACCACUUAAGGAAAUGUGGUGGGUGAAUGUCAUAGUUUGUGUGCAUAGACUGUCCAUCUAACUUCCUCUUUUCGUCCAUGUUCCUUCUUUUGUGGCUCCAAAAGCAUUCUGGUGUUGUGCAAGAUGGUCGGCGAUGAAUGUAGUGGCCCCGGCCCCGUAGAGGCCCUGAGCAGUGUUUCCUGCACACCACAGGAUGGCAGUGAUGGCGCCUUCAGUCAAGCUCUACCUGUGCUUUCUUAAACACAAACCUGAGAGAAAAGCAAGGAAACAACACAGACUGCUGUAUGGUUUGCAAUGUAACCUGUAGGGUGCUUAGAGCGUUUUAUACAUAUUAAAGGUUCAACUUGCUUAUUAAAAA